AUGUUGGAUUUGGAAAACAACCAUUUAACCGGAGAAAUACCAUCUUCCCUUGGCAAUCUCGAGAAGCUUCAGUUCUUGUUCUUGAAUCAAAACAACCUUACGGGGGAAAUUCCUGAAACACUUUCAAGUCUUCGUAAUUUGGUUGUUUUGCAGCUUGCUUCUAAUGGUCUAACCGGUCAAAUACCUCAGCAUUUAUUUCAAGUUCCAAAAUACAAGUAUGGAAACUUUUUCUUUUUCUCCCCUUUGAUGACAUGUGCUCCUGGUUUAAGCAGUGGAAGUUUUACGGGGAACCAUUUGAAUUGUGGCAUGAAUUUUACCCGCCCUUGUGAUUCUGCUGGUGGAGGUUCUUCGCAUAAAUCAAAGACGGGAAUUAUAUUUGGGAUUGUUGGCGCACUUCUAGGUCUUCUUCUUCUUGGAGGCUUGUUCUUACUCUGGUGGAAGGCUAAGCAUAAAGGCUACAAGCGUGAAGUUUUCGUAGAUGUUGCAGAAAAAUUCUCAAAACCAUUUUAUGCUGGCCAAAGUAAUCUAAAACUCAAAGAUGAUGUCAUUGAUUUGGUUCGUGAUACAUUCUCUGGAUGUUGUCUAGUUAAAAUGGAGUUGUGGUCAUCUUUUAUGUUUCCACCAAGAUUCACUUCGGAGCAAGAUUCUUUGUGGCAGCUUGCUUCUAAUGGUCUAACCGGUCAAAUACCUCAGCAUUUAUUUCAAGUUCCAAAAUACAAGUAUGGAAACUUUUUCUUUUUCUCCCCUUUGAUGACAUGUGCUCCUGGUUUAAGCAGUGGAAGUUUUACGGGGAACCAUUUGAAUUGUGGCAUGAAUUUUACCCGCCCUUGUGAUUCUGCUGGUGGAGGUUCUUCGCAUAAAUCAAAGACGGGAAUUAUAUUUGGGAUUGUUGGCGCACUUCUAGGUCUUCUUCUUCUUGGAGGCUUGUUCUUACUCUGGUGGAAGGCUAAGCAUAAAGGCUACAAGCGUGAAGUUUUCAUAGAUGUUGCAGGGGAAGUUGACAGACGAAUUGCAUUUGGUCAGUUGAAAAGAUUUGCAUGGAGGGAAUUACAACUAGCUACAGAGAACUUCAGUGAGAAAAAUGUCCUUGGACAGGGAGGUUUUGGAAAGGUUUAUAAAGGAGUGCUUGCAGACAACACAAAAGUUGCCGUGAAACGGUUGACUGAUUAUGAGAGUCCUGGUGGGGAUGCAGCAUUCCAGCGUGAAGUUGAGAUGAUAAGCGUGGCUGUUCACAGGAACCUCUUACGACUGAUCGGCUUUUGCACCACACCAACAGAACGCCUUCUGGUGUAUCCCUUUAUGCAGAACUUAAGUGUUGCUUAUUGUCUAAGAGAAUUUAAACCAGGGGAGGCUGUUUUAGACUGGCCUACAAGAAAACGAGUGGCUUUAGGCACAGCACGUGGUCUAGAGUAUCUUCAUGAACAUUGUAAUCCCAAAAUCAUCCAUCGAGAUGUUAAGGCUGCUAAUGUGUUGCUGGAUGAAGAUUUCGAAGCUGUUGUUGGUGACUUUGGCUUGGCAAAAUUGGUUGAUGUGAGAAAGACUAACGUUACGACUCAAGUUCGUGGAACCAUGGGUCACAUAGCUCCAGAGUACUUGUCAACUGGGAAGUCAUCAGAAAGGACAGAUGUUUUUGGAUAUGGAAUUAUGCUUCUAGAGCUUGUAACAGGCCAACGAGCCAUAGACUUUUCACGCCUGGAAGAAGAAGAUGAUGUCUUAUUACUUGAUCAUGUCAAGAAAUUGCAAAGGGAGAAAAGACUAGAUGCUAUUGUAGACCACAAUCUGAAUGACAAUUUCAACAUCGAAGAAGUUGAGAUGAUGAUUCAGGUUGCAUUGCUCUGCACCCAAGCAUCACCAGAGGACCGACCAGCGAUGUCAGACGUGGUCCGGAUGCUAGAAGGAGAGGGUCUUUCUGAGAGGUGGGAAGAAUGGCAGCAUGUUGAAGUUACCCGUAGGCAAGAGUAUGAGAGAUUACAGAGAAGAUUUGACUGGGGAGAAGAUUCUAUUUAUAACCAGGUGGCUAUUGAGUUGUCUGGUGGAAGAUGAGGAGCAAGGUGGACGUUUAAGGGUUCUAUGGCUUGCUUGUAUGACUGACUAUGGCAGCUGUUCUAGGAGAAGCAAUGUCUUCAGCCCAAACAAUCAUAUCUGCCUUUGAGACCUGUUCUUCAAUCAUCAGAUUGGUUAUUUCCUUUCUUUCUGUCAUUUUGAUCGGCCAGUAGGUAUUCUGGUGUCAUCUCCAAGUCUGUAUGCUCCAUGUCUUCAAAGUUGAUGCUACAUUUCGUACAGUUGGCACCGGCCAUUGCAAGAGCGUCAAUUGACAUCUCUCUCUCUCCCUCUCUC